GUUCUUAUAAGAAGUAACACUGGCCAGCUGAUGCUGGUGUCUCAACAAGCACUUGUGCAAGCCCAAAGCCAAACUCCAAAUAAUGCAAGUCUAAGACAGUCAUUGCCUGCAAAUGCGCCUAUAGUCAGAAUAAGGACUGUACAGAAUUCUGGAACACAGGUGCUUAAAGUACUUGCAGCUCCUGUGAAAACAGUGCCUCAAAUGACUCCUCUUACAUCAACUGUUAAAAAACUUGCUGGGAUACAGUCAUCAGCAUCCACAAACAGUAUUGCUACUGUUACUACUGUGAAGUCUUCUGCUAGACCACUGGAAAAAUCUCCUUCUGACUGUCCAGCACUCUCUGUCACUCAAAAACCAGCUCCUGACAAAGAAGGCAUAACAGGGACACAGACCAGCACUUCUACAGAAAUGCUGGAGAAUGUGAAGAAGUGCAAAAACUUCUUAGCAACAUUAAUAAAGUUGGCAUCAAGCGGACCUCAAGCUCCAGAAAUGGGUCAGAAUGUGAAGAAUCUGGUACAGAGCCUCUUGGAAGGUAAAAUUGAGCCUGAAGAAUUUACCAAGAAACUGUACAUUGAGCUCAAGUCUUCUCCACAACCAUAUCUUGUCCCCUUUCUCAAGAAAAGCAUGCUUGCCUUGCGGCAGUUAAUGCCAAACGCACAGAGCUUCAUACAGCAGUGUCUUCAGCAAUCUUCAGCACAAACUGCUGCUCCAGCUUGCGCUGCUGUGGUAGUCACCACUUCUUCCGUGGUUGCUCACUGCAUUCCUUUGACCACAACAUCUCUUCAGUCUACCAGACCAGUCCCUCAGACUCCAGUGGGGAUACCUUCUCCUCAGAUCUCCAACUCUGUCUCCUGUACACCAUUAGUGACAACAGGAUCUGGUUGUUUUCAGUUUGUACAUCCAGUCCAAACCUCAUCAAGGGUGCUGCAAGAGGCAAAUCCUGUCCCACCCUCUCCUCUGACAACAGGAAUAGUUACGAAGACUGUUCAUCUGCCCCAUUCCACUGCGAUGACAAGAACAGGAACCACUUCCAUUCAGGGUAUAAAACCAGUUCUUGCCUCUGCUGCCGCAUCCUCUGCCCUUCCUGCUCUCAAUGCUGUAAAAUCAGUCUCCUCUGCUGCUGCGGUAACAACUUCUCUCCAGGUGAUCAAGCAAGCCUUAACUACUGCUAUAAUGACAUCUACUACAGCAGUAACUACGUCUCUUCAAUCUGUAAUCCCAAUAACUGGGACACCAAUCACUAUCAGACUUGCCCAUCCCAAUUCUGUCCAUUCCCAGUCAGCUCAAAAUUCACAAGCUAUAAAAGUAAAGCAGCUGAUAGUCCAGCAGCCGUCGGGAAGCGCUGUGAAAAAAGUCACCACCCUCCAGCAAACUUCAACCCUCCCUGUUGCGAACAAAUCAGGUGAAAAAAUGUCAGUAAAUGCAUUGAUCCAGGCAAACCAACUUCCUGCCGGAUCCGUUGUGAAACAAAUUACCCUGCCAGGAAACAAAACUCUGUCGCUUCAAGCAUCUCCUGUUCAGAGAAACAAAAUAAAAGAGAACGGAACAACAUCCUUCAGGGAUGAAGAUGAUAUCAACGAUGUGACUUUUAUGGCUGGGGUCAACUUGAGUGAGGAGAGCGCAUGUAUAUUAGCCACCAAUUCUGAAGCAGUCGGCACACUUAUCCGGUCAUGCCCAGAGGAACAACUUCUUUCUUCAGAUAUGCUGCAAAUGAAAAUCUUGAAAACAGGUAAAAGGCAUGACAUUACGGAAGUGAAUUCGGAUGUUCUGAGCUUGAUCUCCCAUGCGACCCAGGAGAGGUUACGAGGGCUUCUGGAGAAACUGACUAUAAUUGCUCAGCAUCGUAUGAUGUCCUGUAAGGACAACAACAAGUAUGCAAUGUCUAGUGAUACUCGGACUCAGCUGAGGUUUCUUGAAAAACUGGAUCAUAUGGAGAAGCAGAGAAAGGAUGAAGAAGAACGGGAAAUGUUGCUUCGAGCAGCCAAGAGCCGUUCCAGUAAAGAAGAUCCAGAACAGCUGCGAUUGAAGCAGAAAGCAAAAGAGAUGCAGCAAUUAGAACUGGCACAAAUGCAGCAAAGGGAGGCUAAUCUUGCAGCUCUGGCAGCCAUUGGGCCAAGAAAAAAGAGACCAUUGGAUUCAUCUAGUCCUACAUCUGGAGUUGAGGGCUUGAACAGGUCACCCAACUUUGCAAGGCCGUAUCUUCAUCCAAGAAUGACACGCAUCUGUCUCAGGGAUCUGAUUUUUUGUAUGGAACAAGAAAAGACGAUGAGACAUUCUCUAGCCUUGUAUCAAGCUCUUCUUAAGUAACGGCUAGACUUACCUUGCA